AUGCAGAAUCCAAGUACCCUUUCUAGGGCGGAAACGUGGCGCCUGUUGCUUCUGGUAGGAGCUGGCCUCGGAGUGUUAGUCAACACGUUCCAGGGUGAUGGUGCACCCUUGAUAGCCUCGAUUGCACUAGCUUGCAUAUCAUUUGCUGUGGCAUAUAGCAUGAUUAGAUGGCUUGGGCCAGUCUUCAUCAAGGCUGGUUUGAAGGGAAAAGAUAUGGCCAAGCCAAGAAAACCCGAAAUACCAGAAACAAUGGGAGCCGUAUGCGCUGUGGUUUACUUGAUCGCUCUCAUAGUGUUCAUUCCAUUUGCAUUUUACAAAGACAUCGUCGCAGCAACCUCAGGCGGAGGAAAUCGCGACGUGGUUAUUGAAGACCAACACAUUGAGACGGGUCGUUAUCUUCAUAGAUUCCCUCAUGGAAAGCUGGCAUCAUACCUAUCGGGUCUGCUUUCUUUGCAAUCUAUCGUCAUUCUUGGAAUCGGCGAUGACCUACUUGAUAUCCGCUGGCGACACAAGGUCUUGAUUCCUGCAUUUGCAGCGAUUCCCAUGCUCAUUGUUUACUUUGUCGAUUUCGGUGUCACUCAUGUCGUUGUGCCAGUCCAACUUCAGACAUAUCUCGGAGAUUCCAUUGACCUCGGAUGGCUGUACUACAUGUACAUGGCAGCUGUGGCGAUCUUCUGUCCGAAUGCAAUCAACAUGCUUGCAGGUAUCAAUGGCAUUGAAGUUGCCCAGUCACUAGUUAUUGCGGUUCUACUCCUAUUCAAUGAUGCCAUGUACCUGGCACCAAUCACGCCAUACCCAAACCCGGCUACCGACUCGCACCUUUUCUCCAUCUACUUCCUACUACCAUUUAUCGGCGUCUCGGCUGCGCUUCUGUGUCAUAAUUGGUAUCCAUCCAAAGUGUUCGUGGGUGAUACCUACUGUUACUUUGCCGGUAUGGUGUUCGCUGUUGUGGGCAUACUUGGGCAUUUCAGCAAGACCUUGCUCUUGCUGUUCGUUCCCCAAAUCUUCAACUUUGUGUAUUCAAUUCCGCAACUGUUCCACAUCAUUCCCUGUCCUCGCCACCGGCUCCCAAAAUUCAACGCCGCGACGGGGCUUUUGGAUACUUCUGUCACUGAGUGGACGGUUCCUCCAUCGACGUUAAUCGCGAUGGCGUUGGACAUUCUUCACAAACUGCGGCUUGUACGCAUCGUCAAAAACGAGGAAGGGCAUAUUGUGGAGUCGACAAACUUGACUAUUUUGAAUCUCUGGCUUGUUUGGAUGGGGCCCAUGAGGGAAGACACCCUGGCAUGGCAUAUGGUGGGGGUUCAGACAGUUUGUGGGUUGUUUGGGUUAUUCGUGCGACAUCGCUUGGCUUUGCUCGUGUUUAACACGGAUAAUCUAUCAUUCCAGUCUAUAGCGUAA